AUGGCUGUUAUAUUACCAACAAUAUGGAGGUACCUGCAGACUUUAGAGGCAGCCCCUUACUUCCUGGGUUUGGCGCUGUCGGCAUUCAGCCUGAGCGGGCUUCUGUCAGGACCACUGUUUGGAUACUGGUCCGACAGGACACGGACAACAAAGAAAAUAAUUUUGCUUUCUAACCUUUUUGAGAUAAUUGGUAAUUUUAUGUACUUCAUGGGCUACUCCAAGUGGCUUUUACUGUCAAGUAGGCUGGUAGCAGGCAUCGGUACAGGAGCAGGCUCAUCAAUCUUUAGCUUCUUGACCAGGAGCACCGCUUCAGAAGACCGGGCCACGGUAUUCGCUGCUGUCAUGGCUUGUCGACAGGCUGGCCUUCUGAUUGGCCCUGCUUUCAACAUCUUUCUGAGACUCUGUGACUUUCACCUUGGUCCAUUUGUUGUCAACAAAUACACUGCACCAGGGCUGUUUAUGUUUCUGUUGUGGAUUCUCCUUCAACUGGCAGUGGUCUUCAUGUACUGGGACUUGCCACCAACGGAGAAGAAAAAGGUCUACAUUAAACAUAAUGGGGAGGAGUAUGUGCAUGGGUUUGGUGAAGAGGAAGAUGAGGUCGAGGAGGAGGUAAAGCCGUUAAUGACAUCCCAGGAGCUUGUGGGCUCCUACGGCUCUGUGAUGACAUCCAGCCUGUGCAAAAACCACAGAUCGGCCGCCUCCAACAACUCUCUCAAUCAAAUCCAUUCUCCACUUGAAUCUCCUGCGGCAGCGCACCGACGCCUCCGAAAUUCCAGCUCAUGCCAAGAGUUCCUGAGAGAAGAAGUGGUCGUGCUGCUCGCUGCUCAGUUCAUCACUCUUUUCAAUCAGACAGCAUUGGAGACUAUGGUGACGCCCCUUACUCAAAAAUAUUUCAACUUUAAAGAGCUGGAAAACAGUGUGAUGUACUGCCUCGGUGGUGUGGUGGUGAUUGCCGGCUUCCUGUUUGUGCGCUGGCUGAGCCGGCAUGUUGCAGAGCGGGUGGUCCUCGCCAUUGGUCUGGUUAUCUGCAACAUCUCUUGUAUCUGGUGCCUCAUCUUUCUUGCUAACCCUUUAGGUGGUUUUUCAUGGCAGCUGACUGAGUUCAUCAUUGGGGUUUUUCUUCAGGUUUUAGGCUUACCUUUUGUAGCAGUGGCCCAGGUUUCCCUCUUUUCCAAAGUUACUUCAGAGAAAACUCAGGGUUUCAGCCAGGGAGUACGCCGCUCAGUAGGGGGUCUAGCCACCAUCCUUGGUCCUCUCUGGGCAGGCGGUCUGACUGACAACAUGUAUAUAAUGAUGGGAGCAAUGGUGGCACUGUUGAUCUUACUUACGAUAAUGUUGGCGUUCUCGUACAACCGGCUGGUGGAGCCUGCUGUGGAGCACAUGGAGAGUUCACACAUCUGUGCCUAAAAACUGCAGCAGCAGUUGUAAGAAUAUGGCGUUUCUUCUCCUGCAUCUUUAGUGUGAGUUGGGACCGAUUCAGAAGGUGACAACAUCCCUCUAAAAAAACUGGAUUUCGGUGGUUGUCCGUUUGAAGAGGUUUUGAUCAGUGGCUGUCUGAUAAAGAGCUCACAGCAUGUUUCCCAUGGAAAUAUAAAACUAUGCUGACAAUGCAUGUUAUUCUUUUUCAUGAAAUUUGCUUCACUCAAAGGUACUCAUCUAUUCCUCUGCUCCACCCUGCACCCUUUUCAGUAAGUUAGAUGUAAUAUGCACUAUUUAAUAAAUAUCCAUAGCUGUAAACUGACAGAUUUCAUUUUUUAAUUAGCUUAAAUUUAAUGACCAAUUCUAAGCUAAUUUUUAAAUCCAUAAGUAGGAUCUUAACAAUAAUAAUUUCUGAGAUAUAAGCUAAAUUAUGUGAUUUUUUUCUUUCUUUUUUUUUUUAGUUAAUUUCUCUGAAUUUAAUAUAUAAAUGUUCGACUAUAUUGUUUUUGGAUCAGUAUUUAAUCAAUUUUGGAAUCAUUGUCCAAAAGUAAGUAUUUUCCAAGAAACCACUGACUUGCACAAAGUUAUAUAAGGGUUAAAAUAUUGUGGGGAACUUGAUAGAAAUGUACUAAAAUAUUUUAAAAAUUUGUUACUGGAUCACUUUUCACUGCUUUUACUUUCUUUUCUCUCAUGACUAUAAAUAUAAAAGUGGGGAUUGAGAUAGUAGGAAAUUAAAGUUGGAUAACCAGCUUCUACAAAUAGGAAAACAUUUAGUUCAUAAUUAUUUUUCCCAAGUCGUUGAGCUGCACUAAACUUGCUUUUUUUAAAUGAGGAAUUCUGGUUAAAAUUGCACACUAACCUUCAUAAACACAAGCACGCUCAUUUAAAAAAAAUCAAAGCAACUCUUUUCAAGUGAUGUCUUCGUGCAAAAACUUCCAGGAUUCCGUUUUUUUUUUUUUUUUAUGUUGAAAGAAAUGAAACCUGGAAUGAUCUAAUUAUCAACAUUAAAGAGAAACUAAGAAAACAGAUAGGCCUAAUGUUGCAUCAGGUCGGCAUUACUUCAGUAUUCCAAAAUAGAAAACAAUGAUAAACACACAUAAUUAAUUAAAACAUUGAUUGAUAAGUUCCCUUAUCAAUCACAUAGAAAAUAACUUGAUUAAAUGGCUUUAAAUUAUGUCCAUUUCAAAUGUGAUGUUUAUUAACAGUUUUCCAUUGAGAUGAAAAAUUACUAAGAUAAUUACUAUUGUGUGCAAUAUGUAUCACCAUAGAUAUUUUAAAAAAGGAGGAAGACAAAAUGGAAAGAUUUGUUUGAUUGUGCAAUUUGAGUUAUUUACUACAGAUAUGGAAACCUAGAUGGGCAUACGCUAUGUUAUUGUUUUAUUUAGACAUCGUUGAAAAUGUAUUACUUUGUGUCUCUAAUAGUGCAUCUCUGUUACUGUUAUUUUUCCUUGGUUAGAAUGUUCUGAAUUAAAGUUUCUUACCAUGUUAACUAUACGUUUCUUUCACCAUCUGCUUGAUGUAAUGAUUUCUUUUUCAACACAAGUGGGCGCUCUAACUCUUUACUUUAUUAUCCUCAUUAAUAUUAGACCCAGCUUGCCAGCAGGCCACAGACUGGGAAAUGUUCCUUCAUAAUUACUCAUGUGUAGAACAUGAGCUUCACUGACACAUCUGUGACACAAAGAAAAUCUAAUAGUUCCAGAGGCAGUACGAAAGAUGACAAGAAAUCAAGUGAUUACAUUAGAUUUUAUAUUGAUGAGAAAUAAGAUAAAAUAAUACACGUUUGUGGCAUAAGAUUUUUCUUAUUUCGUACAGUCUAAUUUGCAGAUCUGUUGUUAACAUUUGGUAUCUUUUGUGUUUGAUUUCCUGUCAAAAGAUGGAUAAAAAUGAACAUCUAUUAUACUGACUUGUUUUAAUAUUCACUCAAGAUCUAUUGUACUUUCUCAUCCCAAAUAAGGUCUGUUUCCUGU